AUGAUAUCAAGCCCGCAACAACCCGAACAUAACAUCGAUGUAUAUUUGGAACCAUUGAUUGACGAUUUAAUAGAAUUGUAUGAGAACGGGGUUCAGGUCUAUGAUGGUUUUAAAAAAGAAUUUUUUAAUCUGAAAGCUGUGUUGUUGUGGACUGUCAGUGAUUUCCCUGCUUAUAGUAAUUUAUCAGGCUUAAGCACAAAAGGUUACGAAGGUUGUCCGAUUUGUUGCACUAACACAUCGGCUCGUCGCUUGGCAAAUGGACACAAGAUGUGUUAUAUGGGUCACAGACGGUACUUGUCUGCAAAUCAUCCUGAUAGACGGAAGAAGAAAGCAUUCGAUGGUACUGAAGAGGGUGAUAUGGCUCCUUUGCCACUGUCUGGGGAACAAAUUCUCCAACAAGUUCAACUUGUAGAUUUUAAGUAUGGAAAGACGCAAAAAAAUAAAAAAACUAAUGGUUGUUUUCAAAGAAAGUCAAUCUUCUUUCGUCUUCCAUAUUGGAAAAGUCUACUAGUUCGACAUUGUUUGGAUGUCAUGCAUAUUGAAAAAAAUGUGUGUGAGAGUAUUAUUGGUACCUUACUUGAUAUUCCCGGCAAAACUAAGGACGGUCUAAAUAGUCGUUUAGAUCUCGUUGAAAUGGGUAUACGACAAUCUCUGGCACCUGAGAAGAAAGGUGAACGUUUAUAUUUGCCUCCUGCUUGUUUCACUUUGUCCAAAAAAGAGAAACAAACAGUUUGCAAAUCACUUGCAAAUAUGAAAGUACCCGAUGGUUACUCGUCUAACAUCAAAAACUUGGUGAAUGAGACUGAAUUGAAACUAAUGGGUCUGAAAUCACAUGAUUGUCAUGCGUUAAUGCAACAUCUACUUCCAAUUGCCAUUAGAUCAGUCUUGCCAAAAAAUGUUCGAGAGUGUUUGACACAUGUUUGCAUUUUCUUUAAUAGGCUGUGCGGGAAGGAAUUAGAAUUGGACGCUAGUGGUGGUUGCGCCAAGGAAAAUUAUCCAUUUAAACCCUGUAAAAGGCCGCCCAAUUCUCGAAGAAAUAGAACAAAUGAUCGGAAGGUAAUAAUUUAAUGACUUCUUAUGUAACGAAUUUAAAUUAACUAACGAAUUGAAAUGCUAAUAUAAUUUUCCCAAACAGGGCAUUCAUGUAUAUAGGGGACGCACAUCAGUAUCUUGGCCCGUGGCAAGGAAUUUCACAAGCAAACUGUCCAAGACAACCUAAAAGCCAAGAAUGCGGUUUUUAUGUUUUGAAAUAUAUCACUGACAUCGUCGCACGUGCCAACCCCAACCGUUACAUACAAGAUCAAAAAGCUUUUGGGGGUAAGAAGCAAUACGAUCCAAAAACAGAAUUGUUACCACUACAGCGAAAGUGGAUCGAACAAUUGAUGGCGGUGAUUCACGGUGACGAUUGAGGUUCAAAGGUCGAAGAAUUUUUCUUCAUUAUGUAAUUUUUAUAGAUUAACUUGUAAUUAGAUUUAUUAACUUAUUAAUAUUUUUAACUAAUUUUACAUGUUUGUGUAAUAUUUAAUUACUUUUAUGAAAUCAAAUUAUGUUUUUACCCAAAUUUAAUUACUAUUUAAUUUAAAAUGUGAUUAAUAUAUAAUUAAAUUAAAUAAAUAUGUAAUUUAAAAUUUAAAUAAAUAUGUAAUUUAAAUUAAAUAAAAUAAUAUAUAAAUUAAUAAAUAUAAAAUUAAAAUAAUAUAAUUAAAUUAAAAAAAAAUGAAAAAAACUGAAAUCUGAGGAGUUUUGGCGUCGGUUGCUACGCCACAUAUGGCGUCGGUUAUUGGCUAGGAACCGACGCCAUAUAUACCCCUAUGGCGUCGGUUCCUAGCUAAUAACCGACGCCAUAGGGGUAUAUAUGGCGUCGGUUCAUAUAAACCCUUUAG